GUUGCAGGACAAGUACACAGCAGCUAGACAUGACUUAAGUUGUAUCAGGAGAAAUUUUGAAGCUAGGGAUAAGGAGUGCAAGGAGCUACAAAAGUCAACGACAAGGUUUUUGAGAACUUGCAGUGAACAGGAGAAGACAAUCAUUGGAUUGAGGGAUGAAUUUGGUGCUGAAAUGGAGAGGCAGUAAUCAGUGGACAAAUUCGAUAAACACAUCACGAAGAUGCGAAUGGAACAAAUGAGGUUGGCCGGAGUAGAACUGUCACUUAGAAGGGAAGUGGAAUCUCACAGAAAUGAAGUAGACUCUCUUCGACAUGAGAAUAUGAAUCUACUGAAUAGAUUGAAGGGCAGUGGGAAUGAGAUUUAUGCAGCGACUCUCAAACUAGAUCAAGAGAUGGGGGGCCGUGUAUGUUGUCUGCAAAAUCAAGGAUUAUCUCUGCUGAAUGAGAGCACUGAAUUGUGUUCCAAGUUGUUGGAGCAAAUCAAAGGGAAUGCAAGCGAAUGUCUAGAAACAGCACAUCGGAUGGAGUUCAUCAGAAACGGUUUAGACGGGCAUUUCCUUGUCGAAUCGGAUGUCAAAGUUCAGGGCUUUAGACGUGGGAUUGAGAGCCUGGCAAGAGGUUUGCAGUCCGUUUCAUCUUUAUUGCAGGAAAAGUCUAAUUCUGUAGCUGCAUCGUGUCAGCAGCCAAAUCAUCCAACAUCAGAGGAGACAUUGAAGUUUGAACUAAAGACCGAGGCUUUGGUUACAAGCCUGCUAAGGGAGAAGCUUUAUGCUAAAGAGCUGGAAGUUGAGCAAUUGCAAGCUGAGAUAGCAGCGGCUGUGAGAGGCAAUGACAUCCUCCGAUAUGAAGUCCAAAAUGCUAUGGAUAACCUUUCAUGUGUCAGCCACCAGUUGAAAGACUUUGAGCUUCAGAUGUCAAAGAAGGAUGAAAACUUAAGUCAGCUUCAACAUGAUCUCCAAGAAUCGAUGAAGGAGCUAUCCCUGACAAAGGGGAUACUGCCACAAGUAACGCAGGAGAGAGAUAUAAUGUGGGAAGAAGUGAAGCAGUACAACGAGAAGAACAUGCUAUUGAACUCGGAGGUCGGUUUGUUGAAGAAGAAGGUAGAGGCUCUCGAUGAAGACGUACUUGUGAAGGAAGGUCAGAUCACUAUACUGAAAGACAGCUUGAGGAAGAGAACCUUUGACCUUCUCGCAGGGCCUGAUUCCACUGCAGAAUUCUUGUUAGAAUAGUCGUUUGCGCUUUCAUUGUUAGGAUGUUGUACAGGGGGGAACUGUGGUAUACUUACGGUAUAUUAUGGGGUCAGUAUGCCUCAUUUGCCCUGGGGUCAAGCAAUACAGUAGCCUAAGCUCAUUAGUCAUUAGUAGUUCUAUAUUUUAAUUUCUACAUUUUAUAUGACAAUGACUUAAUUGCAUUCAUAAAUAAAGCAAAUGACUUUUUUUUAACAAAUAAAGUAAAUGACACAGUCACACAGCCAGGCUGACUAGGAUUUGAGGUUACCAAAUACUAAAAAAAAAAAAAAAAAAAUCGAAACGGAAACGAUCAUCACCAUUUCAUGCUUGUUUACUAGUAAAAUGGUUACAUCGAUGUAAUUAAAUAUACAUUAUCAUGUAGGCAAAUGGCAAGUAGUUCUUCUUGCUACGUGAUAAGAGAUUGGGUGUCCUAUUUUCUCCAACAAUAACAAACAGAAGGGAUGUUAUGUGUCUGGUUGUAUAUGUAUUGGUACCUUUCAAUAGCUGAUUUGUGGUGUUGUUAUUUAUUGCUAAUUUGUAAUUUUGUUAAAUUAUACGUGAUGACGUCCAAAUAUAUUAUUUAGUUCUCGAAUGAAGAUAUUAUUGAGUCAUUUUAUAUGUCAUCGCUAUUUUGAUAUUAUUAAGUACAUUUUAGAACAUCUGCCAUUCAAAUUCGAUUUCAUUAUGCCAAGAAAAUAGACACAGUUUAAUUAGUUAAUCAUAUGAGUUUUUAGUAUGCUAUAUAGGUUGGGAUAAAUGAAUUGAUGUCUUUCUAUCAUAAAAUCAGUCUGAGUUGAACUAUAAAGUAAAACAACGAGCAAUUCACAUUUCAAGUUUCUUCCAAUGUAUAACUACGUAACACCACACUCUUCUUAUUGUAAUGGUGGAUGAUCCAAUUUACAAUUCCUAUACCUUUUCAAUUCAUUUUGUGAAAGUGGUACUUCAAGCAAUAGAGUUUAGCUGAAAUCCUGCUAUAGUCCCUAACGAAGAUAUUAUUGAUUCAUUUUAUAUUUCAUCGCUAUUUUGAUAUUAUUAAGUACUUUUUAGAACAUUUGCCAUUCAAAUUAGAUUUCAAUAUGUCAAGAAACAUAUACAAUUUAGUUAGUUAAUCGAAUGAGUUUUUAGUAUUCUGUAUAGGUUGGGAUAAAUAAAUUGGUGUCUAACUAUCAUGAUAUCAGUAUGAGUUGAACUAUAAAGUAAAAUAACGAGCAAUUCACAUUUCAAGUUUCUUCCAAUGUAUAACUACGUAACACCACACUCUUCUUAUUGUAAUGGUGGAUGAUCCAAAUUGCAAUUCCUAUACCUUUUCAAUUCACUUUGUGAAAGUGGUACUUCAAGCAAUAGAUUUUAGCUGAAAUCCUGUUAUAGUCCCUAACGGCGUAAACUCGAGCUCUCAUUAGAAAAACUAGGGAUUAUGUUCCUUUCACUCAUAAAAAGGGCAAUAAAUACUUAUAUGAUGC